GAGCCAUGCAAAUAAGGUAGUGGGGGAGACACACCAGCUGCAGCCCAUCCUCCUCCUCCUCUUCUCCUGGAGCAGCCUGCAGGGCACAAAGGCACCACCACAUGCACGGCCUCUGCUAGCCAAAGCCCCACCGAGCAGCAUGUCCAUGGCAUGAUCAUCACACCCACUACACGGUGCGACUGGGAGCCGACCAAGCCCACGGAUACCGCAGCUGACUACCGCGAGGAAAAAGCACAACCAGGUGGCCGAAAUGGAGCUGGAGCAUUUUGACGAACGGGACAGAGCACAGAGGUCCAGCCGUGGGGCGUCCCGGGCCAACGGGCUGCCGAGCCCCACUCACAGUGCCCACUGCAGCCUGUACCGCACCCGCACCCUACAGGCCCUCAGCUCGGAGAAGAAAGCCAAAAAGGUGCGAUUCUACCGUAAUGGAGACCGUUACUUCAAAGGCAUCGUCUAUGCCAUCUCCCAGGACCGGUUCAGGUCAUUUGAUGCCCUGCUGGCUGACCUCACCCGCUCUUUGUCCGACAAUGUCAACUUGCCCCAGGGGGUCCGCACUAUUUACUCAGUUGAUGGGUCUGAAAAGAUCAUGAGUAUGGAACAGCUGGAGGAAGGUGAAAGCUAUGUGUGUGGAUCAAUAGAGCCCUAUAAGAAACUGGACUACACCAAGAAUGUCAAUCCUAACUGGUCAGUCAACAUGAAGACCACCGCAUCCUCACGAGCUCCCCCCUCUUUGGCUAGCGCCAAGGCCUGCUCCUUGGACUCCAAGGAGGGCAAGGACUUUAUCCGGCCCAAGCUGGUUACCAUCAUCCGGAGCGGAGUGAAGCCUCGCAAAGCCGUGCGCAUCCUCCUCAACAAAAAGACGGCCCACACGUUUGAGCAAGUUCUCAGCGACAUCACCGAUGCCAUCAAGCUGGACACAGGAGCGGUCAAGAGGCUGUACACAGUGGAUGGCAAACUGGUGAAUUGCCUCCAAGACUUUUUUGGUGAGGAUGACAUAUUCAUUGCCUGUGGACCAGAGAAGUUCCGCUAUCAGGAUGACUUCCUACUUGAUGAGAGUGAAUGCAGGGUGGUGAAAUCGCAGUCGUACGGUCGGAUUUCGUCCAUGCAGGGCCGCUGCUCUCCUCGCAGUGGAGCUUCACGCAGGAGCAAAUCCCCCGCCUCCAACAGCUCAGCAAAUGGAACAGCAGGCAGUCAGCUGUCCACCCCUCGGUCAGGAAAAUCCCCAAGCCCCUCUCCCACCAGCCCGGCCAGCCUCAGGAGACGGCGGAGUUCUCAGCACAGUGGCUCCUCUCUCUCUCUGGCCUCUACUAAAGUCUGCAGCUCCAUGGAUGAGGGCGAUGGCCCUGGCAGUGAGGCUGAGGUGGUGGAGGAGAGCCCUCAGGUUCCUGCCUCUAUAGCAGAGCGAUACAAGGUGGGGAGGAUGAUUGGAGAUGGAAACUUUGCAGUGGUGAGGGAGUGCGUGGAGAGAUCCACUGGCCGGGAGUAUGCCCUCAAAAUCAUCAACAAGGGCAAAUGCAGAGGGAAGGAGCAUAUGAUCCAGAAUGAGGUUUCCAUUUUGAGGAGAGUGAAACACCCCAACAUUGUCCUGCUGAUUGAGGAGAUGGACACUUACAAUGAGCUCUACCUGGUCAUGGAGCUGGUGAAGGGAGGUGACCUCUUUGAUGCAAUCACGUCCACCAAUAAAUACACAGAAAGAGACGCCAGUGGCAUGCUGUAUAAUCUGGCCAGCGCCAUUAAAUACCUGCACAGCCUGAACAUCGUGCAUCGGGACAUCAAACCAGAGAAUCUACUGGUCUAUGAGCACCAGGAUGGCAGUAAAUCUCUGAAGCUGGGUGAUUUUGGCUUGGCCACAGUGGUAGACGGGCCUCUGUACACUGUGUGUGGCACCCCGACGUACGUAGCCCCGGAAAUCAUCGCAGAGAGCGGAUAUGGCCUGAAGGUUGACAUCUGGGCAGCUGGAGUCAUUACAUACAUCCUGCUGUGUGGUUUCCCUCCGUUCCGUGGGAGCACUGAGGAUCAGGAGGCACUGUUUGACCAAAUUCUCAUGGGACAGCUAGAUUUUCCCCUUCCAUACUGGGACAAUGUCUCAGACUCAGCGAAGGAGCUCAUAACCUGUAUGCUACAAGUGGAGGUCAACCAGAGGUACACGGCUCUGCAGGUCCUGGACCAUCCGUGGGUCAAUGAUGAUGGCUUGUUGGAGAAUGAGCACCAGCUAUCUGUGGCUGGAAAGAUCAAGAAGCACUUUAACACAGGCCCCAAGCUCAGCAGCACAGCGGCCGGCGUGUCUGUUAUAACAACCACCGCUCUUGAUAAGGAGAGGCAGGUUUUCAGACGAAGACGCCACCAGGAUGUAAGGUCAGCCGCUGCCGUCCGUGCUCCGCAGGGCACGUUCCUGUCCAACCUUUCAGCCAGUGCGGCCGCCCCCAGUCUGUCCCCCGCAGAGUUUACCUCAGAGUCUGAGGACUACUCCCCCAGCUCCGCUGAGACUGUGCGCUCACCCAACUCACCAUUUUAAACACCCUACAGUCCUGAAAACAUGGAUGUAUGGAGUGGAUGGAUGGAUGAAAGUAAAAGUGGACUGGCAUCAUCUGACCCCGACUGCUCUAUGGAUCUGUACACACAUGCAUGUUUUAACCAUUUUAUUUAAGAGCACAUCCACAAUUCCCAGAAUUUCUUACUUUGAGGGAUUGUAUUCGUAUUGACUGGAAACAUUUUUGUGAAGGUAAUACUAAGGUUAGUAUUAAGGUUAACUAAGCUUAGGGUUUGUCCUCAGUGAAGCACUUAUAACUUAAGAUAUUAGGGGGGAAAAAAAGCCUAGGUCAGUUUCAACAGAAUGAAUACCUUCAUCACAUCAACAGUUUGACAUCUGAACAGGUUUUGCCCUGAAUUAAGCACAGCAGAGUAGCAGUUUCCCUCGGUCGAGGUUAACUGCUGCAAAGUGAGUUAGAUUAUAAACUGACUGUAGGAAUUCCCCUUGGUUAGAAAAUUGUAGGUUCAUACCAUUGUUGGUGCUAUAGCACAGCACCUUGAAGCUUCUCUGUGCUCCGAUUAUAGACCCAGUUCUGUUCCUGCAUUUCUCUUUUGCGCCCUCUUGUGGCUCAGAUAGGAAGUGCAUGUCCAAAAAAUGGUCAGAUCAUUUUAAUGUCGAGCUUAUGUAGGAUUCUCGUUCUUACCCACAAAAUCUGGUAGACCUUAUCAGAAUCUUCCAGUGGAGUGAUGAAACCUCAAUAGGUGUGUAUGUUUUGUAAAACGAUGUUUCUACAUUUAGAGUAUUACUUUUUUUAUAUUUAUUUGAUCAUUGAUCUUAUAUAAAACAUACAUUCACUCAUAACUCUGAAUUCUUCUUUAAACAUCACUGGGCCCCAGAAUGCUCCAUGAACACGUCAUAAUACAUACAGUAUGCUGUGUUUAGCAGAAGUGUGGGUUAGGAAUCAGUUUAAUAACUUUUUUAAUUGACAGGUGCUGUUUUGAUUAAAUAUACUAGGAACUGAGGUGUAUAUGAAACUGUCGAUGACUUCAAGCUUGCUGCUAUAAUCGUUCUGUUGAUUUGGUAGGCACAAUAGUAGUAGUACACUGUUAUAGCAGAAUUUGACACUAUGGACAAAUAUGGGUGAGGGGCAGCUGCUGAUUUGCUCCUUUCACCAGUAAUUGUGUCUCAUCACGAUUUGGAACGAGAUGUGCAAUCAAAAGGAUGGAUAUUUGUGCUCCAGAGGGUCUUUUUAGCUCAUCUGAAGUGGAAAGUAACACUUGAAUGCAUGUCCUUGCUUGACUGUGAUUGUAUCAUUUAGACAGAUGGCAGAGACCUUAGUUCCUGUAAGCUGAAUGUACGAAUACUCAGUUCUGACCUUCUAAGCAGUGAAAUUCUGAAGAUGUUGACCAUUCAUCUGAAUGUACUGAAUGUAACGUGAUAUUUCAUAAAAACAGUGGUCAAAAAAGAUCUGGGCUAAAGAAAAGCACAAAAAUUAUCACAGAAAGGGUCUAGGUAACUCAGAACUGGUUCCUUUGAAUGCUUUUUUGAAAUGGUAAAUGAAAAAUGGGACAAACGAAGCGUCAUUUGGCUGUUGAAUGUGUUAACAUAAGCUAUUCUGAAUGUGAACAACUUCAAAAACCAUAGAAAAAGUCACUUGCACUGUAUUUCCUACCUAGUCUUAAAAAUAAAGGUGCUCAGAAGAGUUCUUGAGUUUUGAGGGACCAUAUCACAAAAAAGAGAAAAUAUAUUUAUGAUAGUACUGUUAAGUUUCAAAACUGUUACUGUUCACUCCCUAGUCCAUUUAUGACAAGGGUGUCCAGUCUUUCCACAAAGGGCCACUGUGGCUGUAGGUUUUCACUCCAACAAAGCAUGAGGUCACCUAAUAAAAACGUUGGAGGACUAAGACCAACUUAAACAACUGUGGUCAGGUGUGCUGCAGCUUGCUUGGAGUGAAAACCUGCAGCCACAGGGGCCCUUAGCAGAUAAGAUUCGACACCCAGUAGACAGAAACUAGGCUUCAAAAACAACCUGGUUUGUGAUGUCACAAAAACCAAGCACAUUUACAAAUGUCAUUUAGCCUGCUGCAGUACUGAACCUAUUCAUGCUGAAGUUAUAAGGAGUGUUUCAUCCUGGACUGCCUUUUGAAUGGACAGCCAAUUUACAUAUAGUUAAUUUGCAUGCAUCAAUGUGUACAGAGUUCAUUUACAUACAUCAAUCGUAAAGGCACAGCAACAAACAGCCUCAGGGGGAGGGGAUUUAAGACACAGGAAAUACGUAGGAUAUGGGCCCUUUAACCCAAAUGAUUUCUUCUGUGGCAUCACUCCAAAGAACCUUACUUGGCACCCUUUGUUAUUUAUAUUGAAAAUCUGUUGUGUUUAUUUUAAAUUGUGUUACCUUUCACAAAUCUUCCAUGUGAUCAUUGUAAAUGUUUUGUGAUUGUGUGUCUUACGUUGAAGUGUACAUUGUAUUACGUUUUCUUUUUGAGGUCUGGGUUAUUCAGCUCAGGGUGAUCUAAAGUCACCUAAAUCCAGCAUAGCAUAAAUCUGUUCUCAUUCUGAGCAGACAUAGUACAGUGGCUCAUUCAAAUCCACUGCUUUUGUCCUCAUAAUUCAUUUUCACCUGUAAAUUCUGUCCAUAGGCAACACUUCAGUAAGUUAACAGACAAUAUAAAGAUUUUCUUGCAUCUGUUGAUUUACCGUAACCACCACUAUACUUGUUUUAAAAAGAGCCUCUAGCAUGGAAAGGCUUCUGAGACAUGACGUUAGCACAAUGAGGUCCACUGAUGAGCACAAAAGAUGGAGAGUGGAGAACAGCAUGCAAUAUGCUUUUUCUUUUAAAAAAAUAGAGAGUAAAACACAUUUAUCUGCUGUGUGGUUGUCUAUACUUCUGUAACAAAGUCCUAUGUGAACAAUAUACUCUGGUCAACCUCCUUUUUAUAGAUAGGACACUGACCAUAUACCUUUGUUAUUUGAGAAAGUGUUCUAGAUUAUAUGCAAAGUCCAGUGAGCAGAUGGUUAAGCUGGUUACCGAUUGUAUGGUUCUCUAGCCGUAUGACUGGCUCUUCGUUGUCUUUUUGUUUGAAUAUGUAGUGACACAGCUUUUCUUCUGACCGCCAGCAGGGAGUGGCUUUGCUUCCAAGUAGCAUUUCAUCCAACAGUGGUGCAUCUGCAACAGGCCAAACCCUGGAAUAAACUGUUUCCUCAAAGAAAA